AUGCUGAAGGCUCGUGGCAAACUGCCCUUUGCUACUAAGGCCAAGGGAACUUGGGGAAGGACCUUAGCCUUUGGGAUGCGGUCAGUUGAGGGCAAGGUGAGGGCGAGCUCUGGUGCCAAUGAUAUCCGAGGAGGGCAGCCACUGGGCAUGCGGUGGGUGCGGGUGCCCACCCUGGGCGCCACUUCCCGCAUUUGGACCCAGCGCCCCCCUCCCGGGUUCUCCUUCCCGGAGCAGCACGGUGCCAGCGGGGAAGCGGGCAGCGCGGGCGCGCCGCAAGAUAAUCUGCUGGGAAUCUCUUGGGUUGACAGUUCCUGGAUCCCCAUUUUGAACAGUGGAAGUGUCCUGGAUUACUUUUCAGAAAGAAGUAAUCCUUUCUACGACAGGACAUGUAAUAAUGAAGUGGUCAAAAUGCAGAGGCUUACAUUAGAACACUUAAAUCAAAUGGUUGGAGUGGAAUACAUCCUUCUACACGCUCAAGAGCCCAUUCUUUUUAUCAUUCGGAAGCAACAGCGGCAGUCCCCUACCCAAGUUAUCCCACUGGCUGAUUACUAUAUCAUUGCUGGAGUGAUCUAUCAGGCACCAGACUUGGGGUCAGUUAUAAACUCUAGGGUGCUCACUGCAGUGCAUGGCAUUCAGUCAGCUUUUGAUGAAGCUAUGUCCUACUGUCGAUAUCAUCCUUCCAAAGGUUAUUGGUGGCACUUCAAAGAUCAUGAAGAACAAGAUAAAGUCAAACCUAAAGCCAAAAGGAAAGAGGAACCAAGCUCUAUUUUUCAGAGACAACGUGUGGAUGCUUUGCUCCUGGACCUUAGGCAGAAAUUUCCACCCAAAUUUGUGCAGCAAAAGUCUGGAGAAAAGCCUGUCCCAGUGGAUCAGACAAAGAAAGAGGCAGAACCUAUACCAGAAACUGUAAAAUCUGAGGAAAAGGAGACCACGAAGAACGUCCAACAGAUAGUGAGCACUAAAGGCCCCCCGGAAAAACGAAUGAGGCUUCAGUGAGUACUGGUCAGAGAGAAGCUUGCAAGACUCCUCUUGUCCAUUAUUGAUACCUCAUUACCGUGACAGGCUCUUGAACUUUAAAAUUCUUUGUCACGACCCUUCCAUUUGUACAGAAUGUGCUUGUUCUUUAAGAAGGAUAUAAGGAUCCUCAUGCUUUUGAUAAAUAUUUUUUAUGUAUCUUUUGUAACCUUUCCCCUACUAGACUUGAGCAGCUUCCUUACUCAAAUGUAUACUGCU